AUGCGCUCGGAGGAGCUCCAGCUAGAGGCCAAGGAGGCAGAGAGAAAGCUGGAGUAUGUAAAUGCCUUGAACCUCGGCCGCGCGACGGAUCUGGAGCUGCAGGCCAUGAACGCCUUCGAGCGCUCGCAGAGGCGCAUUCAGGAGGACAAGAGGGAGGAGGAGUACCAGAAGCAGCGUGAUGAAGUGCAGGCAUUGUUUGCAAAAGUCCACAGACGUCUCCAGAGCGAGCUUAUAGAGCUGCGAGACUACAAGGUGCUCCUUCGAGAGUAUCGCCGUGUUCGCCUGGAAAAGCUGAGUGAGACACUGGGUAAGGUGCAGGAUGGUCGCCGGCUCCGGCAUUGCGUCCGUGUCAUGAUCCGCAACGGAGCCCAGCGCAUUCUGCAGCGUCUCGAGCACGCAAACCUGCCCUUGGAGCCCUGGAUGCGGGAGGUGUUGUUAAACUGCUGCUACGUGGAGAUUCGCAUCGAGGAUGCGGAGACGCAGCUGCUAAGCCUCCGCCGCGAGGCACUGAAGCCCGUGCGCGAGGACGUACAGCAGAUGAUCGAUAAAACGAAGGCAGAGCGCUUCGAAGAUCUCUUUGUGCGAACUCUCGAACUGCGGCAGCAGAAGCUCAGCACAACUGCUUCCUCGGAGCAGCUGGAGGAGAAAACGAUGCAGAUGGAGCCCGAGUCUGCCUGCGGGGAUUCUGUCGCCCCAUCGAACAUCGGAGGCGAGAGCACUAGCGACUUCGGCUCGGACAUGCAGCGGACCAAGGAGAAGGACAACACGCCCGCGGUCCCAAUCGAGAAGGUUCGCGCCGAUGUCCGUGCGCUCGAGGGUGAGAUUACUUCUCUGCGGCGGCUGCUGGGCGACAUGCGUGCCAAUGCGGCAGCGGUCAUUUGCAACCACCUGCGGCAAGCAGAGAAGUCAGCGGGCCGCAAUUGGUCGCCCAAGGAGGCGGCGGCCUGGGGCCACCGGAUGCUGUCUCUCCUGGUCUCCGAAGACUUCGCCACCACCACCAUGAAGGAGCUCCUGAAGUUGUCCCCACUGCGGUAUUAA